UAUCUUGGAGGAAGAAGGAAGAUCCACUCAAAGCAAUGAAGUAGUAGUAAUGCUUGCAGACUGCCCCCAACCCUACCCUUCACAAAGAACAAGAAGCCGUCUUAAGAAGGCAGAAGCCCAAGCCGAAGAAAGGCCAAAGCCUACUCAACUAAUAAUCGCCCUCACACCAAUUUUGGAGAAUAAAAACUCACUACUGAUCGAAGUAGAUCUGGUAGUUUCGCCUCCAAAACCUCGCUAA